GCCAAGUCAUCAACAUUUGCCCAACAAGGGAGAUUACAGCAUCCAGUGGACAGAUUAUAUCUCCUAACUAUCCAAACAACUAUCCCUCGAACACUAAUUGCACCCUGACGAUCAAACGUCCCUUGGACACAACUUUUAGAUUUGCUUUCUCUCACGUUGAUUUUCAGAGUAGUAAAGAUGGUAGGUAACAUAAUUUAUGUUACACUCUAGGGCUAUGCCUGUUAAUAUCUGCGCAGCUAACUGCGAAACAUCCCCGACUGAAAAUUGCAUGUAAUUGUAAAUGGUGUUAAAAAUCAUUGGAGUUUGCCCAAAGCCAAGUUGAUUAAUUUGUUUUAAUUUGGAUGACAAUUGGAUAAGAAAUCCGCAAAAGGUUGUAUCGUUUUGCCACGCGUUGUAAAAUAUAUCCAAAAAUUAGACAAUUGUAUAUUUAUCAUGAUACACAACCUGGCGGAAAUAUGAGUCUCUGAGCGCCCCCUCGUUUACAUAUUAUCAAUAUGUACUACAUUUACUUUGCAGAAAGCAUCUGUUAUGACUACCUCAUAUUCAUAUCUGGAGGUUCAUCGCAAAGAUUUUGUGGGACUACCUCUCCGGCUCCAUUUGCACGUGGUCUGAAUGUUGUCACACUGAAAAUGGUAACAGAUGGUAUUGUUGAACGAAGCGGUUUUGAUCUCAAUUUCACCACCGUUCAGA